UGUGUCGGCUCGUUACGUCGCUGCACAGCGUGGAGCGCUCAUUGAGCUGUUCAUUGUGUGGUUUAAAGGUAUAAUAGCGGCUCGUGGACGUUGUGAGGACGGACACAUGAGGACACGGUGCUGGUUGUCCUGACGGAUAGAGGUCAGCUCACAGCUUAUUGCGUCAUCCUCGAGGAUCCGGGAUGAGCUUCGCUGUACCUGAGAGGAGAUGGGAGUCCUGCUGUAUUGGCCAAACAUUGUUGGAUACAUCAGGAUUGGCCUUGUGUUUGCUGCCUGGGCUGCCUACAACACACCAGCGCUGUUUGUCCCUCUGUACUCCGUCUCCAUAGCUCUUGAUGGAGUGGACGGCUGGCUGGCCAGGAGGCUGGGACAGACCUCCAGGUUUGGGGCCUGGCUGGAUGUAGUGGUGGACAACCUGGGCAGAGGGAUGCUGUGGAGCCUGCUGUUUGAGUGGGGUUUUCUGGUGUGUGCGCUGGAGUGGUGUGUGUUUGUGUGUAACCACAGCACCAGAGGUGACCGGUGGAAGGAGAGCUUCAGCAGCAGCCCUCCACUCAUACAGGCCAUCAUGGCUAACGGGUUUUGGACUCCUCUGGGUGCGUGGGUGGUGGGCGGGCUGCACUGCCUCCCUCUGUGGCUCUAUUGGUAUCAGCGGGGUUUACUGUCCCACUGGCUGGACCUGCCUCUGUGGAUCCAGGCUGCAGGGACGCUGCUGCUGGCUGCAGGCCGCCUGCUGGCUCUGUCUGCUGAGGUGUGGUGUAUAUGGAGUCACAUUGAAUCCCUCACCAGUGAUGAGAUGGAAGAGAAGAAGAACUGAAACACUCACAUUCUUUUUUUUUCUCUCUUAAUUUUGUGUGGUGGCUGCUGAGAUAUAAGCUGUUACUCAUCGUACCCCUGCUAUUGCAAACCUGUGGAAUAUUAUUUUGGUUAUUUCUAGGGAACAGUUACUCUUAAAUGUAAACCGGUGGAAUGUUAGCAGGCUUUGAAAAGGCUUUCACUAAAAACAGACUGUCAGAUGGUAAAUGCUGGAAUCUAUCAUGAAAAGACCAAAGGGAAAGCUUUGGUGCACACAGUAUAGAUAAUGCUUUACCCACGAUAUCCAGUUUAAAAAGCCUCUGCAUCUACAAUGGCCGGGGAAAAGUGUGAUGUACUUUAGUACUUUUCCCCAUCUAAAAGUGUAAUUUACUGUAGUACAUUACACUUUUCCACAUCCCUUGUAGAUGUAAAGGCUUUUUAAACUGGAUUUCUGCACAGCAUUGGUAAAGCCUCAUCUAUGAUCUGAUUCAAAGCAUAUUUUAUUGCUGCACAUUUACUGUAUUGUUACAUAUAGCUAUAUAUUUUAUAAAAACCACUCAGUGGUUAAGAAGCAUAUCAGCCUCUUAGAAAGAUAAUAAAUGGAAAAAAUAGAGCAUCAAGGGUUUAGUAACACAGCUCUCAUAUGAUGACAAUCAUACAACACCAGGCCAAAAACAUGUCCCCACCUGGAUUUAACGAAGCAAACAGGAAAGAGCCUUCCAUUGGAUAAUAACUGCAGUGAUGCGUGUGUUUCAGCUGCAACAACUUCUUUAAACCUAGCUGAUGCAGUGAGGAGCUUCUCAUUUCUUAAAUGUUGGAAGACGUAUCCUGUGGUCAUGGAAAGGAUGUUAAUCUGUCUCAGAAAGGUCAAAUUAUUGGCCUGCAUGAUAAAAAGAAAACUAAGGAGAUUUCUGAAACUACUAAAAUCAGGUUAAGAACCAUCCAACACAUUAAUAAAACCUGAAGAAUAGUGGAGAACCAUCAUCUUCAAGGAGCAAAUGUGGUCUGAUGAGUCCAGAUUUACCCUGUUCCAGAGUGAUGGGGGCAUCAGGGUAAGAAUAGAGGUGGAUGAAAUGAUGAACUCAUCAUGUCUAGUUCCUACCAGUCUGUGGGGGUUAGGGUUAUGAUCUGGGGUUGGUCAGGUUCACCAACGUUAUGUUCCCAAAGAAUGAGGUCAGCUGACUACCCGAAUAUACUGAAUGACCAGGUCUUUCCAUCAGUGGAGUUUUUCUUCACUGAUGACAUGGACAUGUUCCAAGAUGAUGUUAGGAUUUAUGGGCUCACAUUGAGAAUGAGUGGAUCAGAUGGAUUGUCCUCCACAGAGUCCAGACCUCAGCCCCAAUGAGAAUCUCUGGGAUGUUCUGGAGAAGACUUUGUCCCACUCUUCCAUCAUCAAUUAAGAUCUUGGUAGAAAAUGAAUCCAACUCUGGACAGAAAUAAAUGCUGUGACAUUAAAAUGUAGUGUAGUCAAGAGAAAACAACCUGGAGAAGAGCCAUAAAACAAGUCAAUGAAACUGUAGACUUGUGUCAUUGAUAGGAACUGCUUUAGUGGAUUUGGUCAAAUAAACUGCCUUUAAAAGCUG